AUGGCUAUCUUCAUGCCAACCCUUCAUGAGAUCGCUGUUUUCCAAGGCUCCUACUCCUACUCCAUCGCCGGCACCAGCGGCGUCGCCUGCACCGUCGCCUUCACAGUCGCCGCGGGCCCCUCCUGCGCGUCAGCCGUCACCUGCACCCAGGGCACCAAGGUCGUGGCCCUGGAGGCGGGAAGCUGCAGCGGCGUCAAGAUUGACCGGGACGACCUCUUCACCGGGGGAGGAGCAGACCCUGUUGUGACGCCGCCGCUUCCAGACGACCUGGUCUUUCCCCCAAGCAAGACGAAGACGUACCGGGUAGUCAGCUCUGCUGACUCGAAAUCUCGCUGCUUUUUCAAGCUUCAAGUGCAGCCAUGCACCCCACAAUGCGUCACUCCGCCCGUCUCCCAGUCCACGGCUGCUGGCAAGUGCGCCACCGGCAAGAUCUCAAACCCCAAGGCGCCCUUUGUUGACGCGAGCAUCGGCUCCACUGUAACGAGCCUCAAGCUCUCCCCUGCCGGCUCGCUGAAGGCCGGCAGGCAGAAGGUCACAGGGACAGUCAAGUAUGCCGGCGGCGUCAGCGUGAAGGCCUCUUGCGACUUUGUGGUGGACGACGAGGAGGCGCCGGCCGUAAAAGUUGUGCCCAAGUCUGGCGAGGCCUGCGCCUGGCCAAAGCCCGGCCAAAGCAGCGCGUGCUACCUCCCCAAAGAGCUGGUGAAGGUGACUGACAACUGCCGCCCCCUGCCGGCCCCGGCGUUCGUCAGCUGCGUGGUCACGUCCAACGGCGCGGCCGCGGACUGCUACCGCGAGGCGGGCACGGGCAGGGUGUGUUUGAACUACCCGGCCGCGGGCGCGGCGGAGCCGCGUGUGGCGCUUGCGACGUUCGUUGCGGUCGACGCGUUCAAAAAUGCGUCCCCGGACACGAACGUCACGCUGACAGCGUAUGGGGCCAAGCCGGUCUCUUCGGUCCCGGGAUGCAAGCCAAGAUGUGACUUUGGGGCUGUGGCUGGUGGUCCCGGCGGCAAGUACCUCGUGUUUCCCAACGAGCAGGGGGUUCCCACCACGAACCCAGCUGCAGCCGACGCCGGCUCCUUCGGCGGCCAGCAGUUGCUGGUGGAUCCGGGGACGGCAGACCCGGACACAUCUCAGGCGUUCAAGCUGCACAGCCGGCCAGGGUCGCCCCGCACGCUCUACCUUGACUUCAACGGCCACAUCACCACAGGCACAAGGUGGAACAAGGCACCCUGCACCAAGGACACGACCUGCACCAAGCCGGCCUGCAAAUUCUGCUUCAGUGCCACCAAUGCGCACCCGCCCAGCUUCACCACCGAGCCAUUCGAUCUGGACGGCAACACCAACGCGUUCAGCACUGACAAGCUGGCGGCGAUUGUCAAGAUUUGGUUAAAUGUUGCUGAAGAUUUUGCCCCCUUUGACCUGGAUGUCACCACCGGUUGA